UUAAUUCAUCCAUGAGGAGAGAAAUGUAGUGAUCUGCUACACUUUGUUGUACUUGCUGGCUCGAAGGUGAAAGCUGUCAGUUCUGUCAAUAUCACAAGGAUUUGAGUAGCUUCAGUGGUGGAAGUGGACGAGAAGGAACACAUAGGCAAACAAUUGAUUCACAGAGGGAAAGUAAAGUUUUAUUGAGGAAACAACAAGAAGAAGAGAGAAGAGAAGCAAGUCCUAUGGCUUCCGAGGAAACAAAGACGCCGGCAUUGCCUGCGACAAGCGAAAUAGAAGCUGAGAAUGCUACUGAAAUUAGAAGGAUCUCUGUGGUAACAGAACUGCAACUUUCAGACAUAAGUGAUGACGUAGGUACUUGCUGGCGUGAGCUGGGACCAAAGCUUGAUAUCCCUGCAGCAAAGAUCCAAAACCUGGAUAACGAUUAUUGCUGUAGUCGCGACAAAGCAAACGCCUUACUCCUCUUGUGGAAACAGAAAGAAGGGAGAAAUGCAUUGGUAGGGUGUCUGGCGGAUGCUUUAGUAAGCAUUGGGAAAAAAUGCAUUGCAGAAAAGCUUCUUGGACUGGAUGUUAUCAGUUUAAUAGUUAUUCAUAGCUUGGAUGAAGGGCUUGAUGAGCUUUUGAUAUGCGAAGAUGCUCAGGGAAAUAAGUACAUGGUGAAGGCAUUCAACAGUAGUGACAAUUUUUUGAAAUCGGAAGAGCAUCAGGACCUAAGGCUCCAAAUGCAGAAAGGGCCACUGGCUUGUGGAAAUGUAGUUGAGACAGAUGGGAUUAAAGAUGCUUCCAAAGACAAAAAAGAGCCAACAAGCAGUUUAUUAAAUGAAGAGGUGGAUCCACCAAACUAUGAAAGCGUGGAAAAAUUGCUACAGUCAUGUGAAGAACAUAGCAACUUUUUCCAGAGAAUGUUUGACGUUCUUAUCAAGCUGACUGCUGAGGUGGGGCAACAGAGUGAAGAUAAUGUAAAUCUGAUUCAACCACUUUCGGACUUUACCAUGGAACUCCAGCAGGAAAAAAUGACACUUUUCUCCAAGAUCGAGUCGGUACCUACUCAGAGCCAACUUUCGGACGAGCGGCACGUGGAUCGAGCUGAAAAAUUACACAAAUGGAAAAGGCGUUAUGAAGUGCGAUUCAAGGAAGCUGAAAAGCUGAUGUCAUACAUCAAAAGUAAUACAGUAAUACAUCAAAAGACAACUGAGGGAGAGCCGAAUAAUAGAGGAAGGCUGAACUCUGUGCCAGAAUGCAGCUCAAGAUCUCUGUCAGGACUCGGAGAGAUGGGUUCCAGACGUUAUUCAGAAAGUGACAAAUCAAAAAAGAUCAAAAUGAAGAAUCUCUUUUCGAGGCGGGGAUCGGAAGACAAAUAACUUCGCAUCCUCUUCUCAUCUCAAAACCAUCCAGCGAAUUUCAACUUUCAACUUUAUUUGCACUAUUCAGAUGAAUUAAUGUUACAAAUACAGCAUGCCGAGGCUCCGAGUCAGCGAUGAAGAAUACCAAACCAAAUUCGGGAGCAGGAGUCAACACAAAAGAACUCAUGAACUGACAUUGCUAACAACGGAAAAAUCGAUUAGAAUAACCUCUUUUUUAGGAAGCCCUCUGCAAAGAUAUUGAAAGGAGCACACUGACAACCUCAUUUUUGAUCAUCGUUCAUUUUAUUGUCAUAUUUAGUAGACCAUCUGUUUAUUUGAAAAAUAUAAUGUAAGAAAAUAUGAAUCUCAAUUACUGACAGUAGAAAGUUCUUGUUCGCCUUGAUAUGAAGGUGAAUUAGCCUCUCUGCCAAAGUUAUAAUUGCCAGGUUGAAGAUGAACAAAAAUUCGUAAGCAUAUGACAAACUAUUUAGGUAAUCAGCUUUAGUAUUUUCUUUAGAUUAUGGGACGGUUUGAGGAUUCACGAUACAUUAGGAGAGAAGGAGAGAACUCUUGUAUACUUGGAUGGUAUUUUUUUCUUUUCUUUAUUGAUUAUCAAUUAUAAUUACAUAAAAUACAUCACAAGUUUAUUAGC